AAGCCUCAAUUCCCUUUUCCCCUUCUCCCCUCCUUCCUCGCUAAGGUUCCCUUGCUUCAGCAGAACCCCUGCUGGGCAUCCUCCUCUUUCAAAACAUCCUUUGCUCUCCAACCACUUCAUCUUGAUGUUCUUAAUCUCCUAUAGUCUUUCCCUGUGCGAAUUUUUUCUUUGAGAACCAAAGUUUCUUAGGGAAAUUCUGUUGAAUUUUUCCUUUGAGAACCAAGGUUUCUCGGGGAGACUCUGCUAAAAUUUUUAUCAACUAGCAAGUUGAAAAUACAUCAUUGUACAUAUAUUUUGUCUGCACAUUUAUAUACAGUAGCAAAACCUGUUUGUAGAGGAAAUUAUUAUAGUGUUUCUGGCUGGUUGAUCCAUGAUAGAUUAAACAAGGGGAGGUUGUGACUUGGUAGAUGUCACCAAUCCUCUCCGAGGUCAUCCUCUCCGGAUUUAUGAUCAGCUCGACGCUCCGGCGAGGCUCUCAUCUUGUCCUCUCUUUCUCCGUCGUCUUCCUUUACUGGUUCUAUGUCUUCUCAGUAACAUCCUAGCUACUGUUCUCUUUUAUUUGAUCCAUCCAAUACCAGAGAAUAGACCACCAUAUUCUACAAAAUACUUCUCAUUGGAAAUUAUAGCUUAUAGACAAAACUGAGGGUGACAAUACUGUAAGGUAUUUUCCUGAGUGUUGCACUAAGGAGGGUACUCAGGACUUUUAUUAGGAUGACCCUGUCAGGUGGGACCCUGUCAAGCGGGAUAACCUCUGGCUCAAGCCAUGGGACCCGGAGCUCAGGGUCAGAGGGUGAUAUCCAGCUGCAGGUCCAAAUGGACCUGAAGCGGAAAAGAAGGAAGGAAUCAAACCGAGAGUCGGCAAAGAGGUCUAGGUUACGGAAACAACAGCACCUCGAUGACCUUACCUCACAGGUGAACCAGUUGAAGAUGGAGAACCAGCAGCUCACCACAACAUUGAACAUGGUCACCCAAAGCUGUGCCUUCGCAGAGUCUCAGAACUCAGUGCUGCGCACUCAGAUGAUGGAGCUGGAUAGCAGGCUAUCAGCGCUCCGUGAGAUAAUCUUCUACAUGAACAAUGGAAACCAAUCACCUUCUAAUCCUACAAUAGCAGCGACUACAUACCCAUCCACCACUACAAUGACUGCAGCAACUACUGGCCAUUACGAUUAUUAUGAUGUUUUCACUGCAAAUGCAUGGGGCUCAGGGAUGCAAAUGAUGCAGCAGCCCAUAGAUCAGUUUCUGUACCAGUGCUAGCUAGCUUCUAGCCAGGAAGUCGAUAGAGAUAGUGGACCAAAUUAAGAAACAGGGCAUUGAGAUAUUGGGCGUGGUGAAUGUUGUAGCUAGGUCCAUAUUAAUUAUAUUGUGUCACCAGUGGUUGUUUAUCUUUUGCUUUGAUUUGUGAUCGGUUGUGGGGGCAGGAAAAAAAUGGUGUUGUACCUUUCUGCUGUUGGUGGUAAGAGGCCAAAUGGCUAUUGGAAAAGUAUCAACUUGUCAUUUGUCAUUGUGUGAAGAGGUACCUCAUGUUACCUCUUACGUGUAUGAGACAAUGAGAGGAAGGCGAUGUUGUGGGAAUCAACCUGGCAAUCCAGCAUCCCCUUGAAAUCAAUUGCCCCAAAUUUCUACAAACACUCCAGGAGGAAGAAGAGGACAAUCGCUGAUGCCUCAGGAGGAGAGAAUAUAUUCUCUACCACUGAGUUCGUACGAGUUCAGCAAUAUUGCCCCCCUCCCAGACACUGUUAUUUCUGGAGGAUUUUUCCCUUGUGUUUUUUUGGUUGCGGGUUUUAUAGGAGGGACAAGGCGUACGGCUCUUGCACUAGAAGACGCUGACACGUGGGCCCAUUGUCAAGCGGGGCCACAUGUCAUCCUUACAAGUAACAUUUAACACAAAACAUUCUUACUUAUACAAAAUCUUGUUUCCCCAUGCGGUGCCCUGCCUCGCGUGCUAUAUAUAUGGCGUCCGUGCGCCGCACCACGGCACGGCGUACGUCGUCGUUGCGCGCCGCACCAGAUCAAACAGUACACAGAGUGCCUUCGACCCUGCUCUGCUCAGGCGCCGUCACUGGAGUCCCUGUCAACCAGGAAGGCGUACCAAGCUUGAACAAGAGUACCUCGAGGACACCAUAAGUCAGCGCGCGCGGCGUCGGCACCGCUCCUGCUCCGCCGUCCCUUCGGCAGCCGAGCUGACGAGUAGGUGCCGACGUCACCGGCCGCCAGGAACCCAGCGCCGGCCGGCUACCUCGUCCACGCCUGGCACCGGUUCUGCCUCAACGCCUGGCUCCGGCGCGUGGGCGAUGGAGCGACGAGAUUGGUUGGAUGGCGUGGGGAGGUCGCGGAAAUCGCACAAACACGGCUGCGAAGCGACGGAUGCGGAAGACUUCGUGAGGCCGACGAAUAUAAUGUGACCUAUUUGCGCGCGCCGCGCUCGAUCGAUCGUAGGCCGAGGCGCCGAGCUAAGCUAGCCCGGCGCACGUACGGGGUCAGCAGCGUGGACGGUGAAUCGCUCUACUGUGUAGCGCGCGCGUUUGGCUCGGGCAUGCAUGGACCAUCAUGAGGAGGAGGCACUAGUGUGCGAGUGGCGGGUACGGUGGUCUUGGCGCAUGGCCGACGUCGGUAUACGUACGUGCACGGGGUUGCAGAGCACGGCUGCACGAGGCGUGGCGCAAUGCGUGCUGGCAAGGUGACGGUGUGGCCGCACGGCGCAUGCGAGAGGUCUACACGACAACACACUGCCAACGCGGCGCGUGGCACGGUGCGAUAUGCACGGGAGUCGUGUCGCGCGCCUUGGCUAAUUGGCUUGACUCAACCGGUGUCCGGUGGUGCAAGGGCUCGGAUCGAUCGGAUGGCGUGUUGCCGUGCUGGCUUUGCGGCGCCGACGUGGGCUCGACCCGGUGCGGUGGCGGCUCACGGUCGCGGGGGCCGGCCGGUCGGCUUUGGUUGCUGCUCAGCUGGGCUAGGCGGCUUUGUCCUGUUCUACUUACUGGGCCGGCCUUUGCUCUGGUCGGUGGUGUUCAUGUAUUUACAUGAUUAAUGCAUUUCCGGUUAAGCUUCCACUCUCGAGUUUGUAGUUACUAAAAUUUGAUUCUUGUAAUUAUUGUUUUUGAACAAUAUUUAUUGCAUUGGGAAUUGAUUUUAA